UCAUUUUGCCAGCAGUCGGUUCACAUUCACUUUCUAGCCUUGUAGUCCCCUGCAACAGGUCCUCACAGACCAAUACUCUACACUGCCAAACAUACAAUACACUUUUUUAUCAGUUAUUUAGAAGCAGUGAAUUCCGUCUUAUCAGUUUAUUUUGGUGUUUUAUCUGUAGCUGUACAAGGAGAGAGUUAGUGGCAUAACAAAUAAAGUUAUAAAACACACUCGAAUAUUAAACCCCGACCAAGAUGUGCAGUUUAUGGAUUUAAAUUCAAGAAACUGUUGAAAACCAAAGAUUAGUAGUCCUGCUUCACGAUGUUCCAGAUCACGAAGAGUUUUAAAUGGAGGUUUAGUUUUCUCUCCAUCUGCUUGUUCGUCAUCUUCUUCAUAAACUCCGGGGUGGAGAGGAGCCAGGGGUUCACCAGCAGGCAUCUUCUACAGGAUGAAGACACUACUAUUGAGCCCGAGGAACGACGAGGAGGAGAAGUAGAUGAAUGCGGAGUAGAGAAGAAUAAAACUGAAGAUGCUCUGUUCCCUCCAGAUGCGUUUACAGACGACCAGCUGGCCCAUGGCGCAGUGGUUCUUCAUGUCAUUGGGGUUCUCUACAUGUUCUAUGCCCUGGCACUUGUCUGUGAUCACUUCUUUGUGCCAAGUCUUGAUGUUAUAAUUGAUAAGUUUGGUAUGUCUCCAGAUGUAGCGGGAGCCACCUUGAUGGCAGCUGGUGGGUCAGCGCCGGAACUGUUUACUUCAGUGAUUGGAGUAUUCAUCGCUGUGAGUGAUGUCGGUAUAGGAACUAUUGUCGGCUCUGCCGUAUUCAACGUUUUGUUUGUGAUCGCAGCUUGUGCCUUUGCCGCGGCCAAACCUCUCGCGUUGACGGCCUGGCCAUUGAUCAGAGAUACGUUGUUCUACUCCAUCAGCCUUAUUCUCCUCGUGAUCUUCUUCACCGACAACCUGAUCAAGUGGUGGGAGGCAUUGAUCCUGUUCCUUUGGUACGGAGCAUAUGUUCUCUUUAUGAAAUUCAACGCUCCGAUGGAGGCUAAAUUUCUUAAGACGUUUCCCAGCUUGAAAGGAAAGGAGGAAGAUGAUUCCAAUGUUGAUCUAAGAGCAGGGUUCAAGUUUAAUCCUCAUAGGAAACCACUUCUAGAGAUUAUGCAAGGUAAGGUUGCGGAUGAAGUUGGAACAGAACUGCAAAACCUAGAAGGAGGAAUACAGGGGUUAAAGAAGAAACUAGAGGGCAGCGACAAGGAAGAGAAGAAGGAAACUAAUGAGAAGGAUAACUUAACUCCGGAGAAGGGAAAUGAAGAAAGAGAUCUGGAAGUCCAAAAUGAGGAGGAUUACAAGGAUGUUGUUAUGUCUGGACCCCAGGGGAGUAUUUUCAGUAAAAUCGUCUGGGUUAUCACUAUGCCCCUGAUGGUCCCUAUGUGGAUCACUACUCCAGAUCCAAACAAUCCAACAAGGAAGAAGUUCUUUGCUCUCACCUUCAUCAUCAGCAUAUUGUGGAUUAUGGUUUUCUCCUACUUCAUGGUUUGGUGGGCAACUACCAUAGGUCAGGUUGUUGGGAUAUCUGAUGCUAUCAUGGGAUUAACUUUCUUAGCCGCGGGGACAUCCGUCCCGGACCUAAUAACAUCCGUACUGGUCGCCAAGCAAGGACAUGGAGAUAUGGCGGUGAGUUCGUCAAUUGGAUCCAACAUAUUUGACGUCACUGUUGGACUUCCGGUCCCAUGGCUCUUGUACACAAUUAUCUUCCAGAAGGACAUGGUGGUCAACUCUACGGGGAUGGGAUGUAACAUCGGGAUGUUGUUCCUCAUGCUCAUCUUGGUCUUCUUCUCCAUCCUGGCCUUCAAGUGGAGGAUGACCAAGAUAAUGGGAGUUGUAAUGAUCGGUCUUUAUGCUGUAUUUGUGGUUGUUUCCUUGGGCCUGUCCGCCUGUUGGUUUCCUUGUAUAUUUUAAACAAUUCUGCUGUUGUAUGUCUAGAGUGAAACAUCGUUUUUCAUCUGUUUUUUGGCAUUCAAGGUUCCUUAGCCUUCAGAGGAGAAAUUUUCCAUCUAAAUAUGAGACUUUAGAAACGACUGUACGAAACAUAUUCUGUCUGUUUACUUACAUUCAUAAAUAAAAAUAAUGAAAUGAAAAUGAAAUGAAAUUCAUGGUUCCCUUCAAAUGUGAACUGGAUUAUCUCUUUGCCAAAUCAUAAAAUAAACCAGUAAACGACGAUAUUUAAGGCAGACAACUUAAUUUAACCUUGGAACCAUCAUAUAUAAAGAGUUUCAGGUCGUCUUUACAGUAUCAUCCUUUGUGGGUAACCCUGCAGUUAAAUUAUAGUUUCUUCUAGUUUUCAGUAAUCGUGGAAAGUGUUUGAUCUGAUUCUUCUAAACUUUAAGAGCAUUCAAUUUUGAAAAAUGUUUCACUGUUCAAAUUUUCUAAAUUCUCCGGAACACAAUUCAAAUCUUGAAUGUUAAAAAGACGGGAAAAUAACGAUGCCCAACUCUAUUUAUAUAUUGUUCAAUGCCAAUUAUUUACUCCAGAGAGGGUUCAAGUUUAGAUUAUUAAGCCUUCCUUUUUUUAAACGUGCACUACAUUAUUUAAAUGUUUUGAAUUUCUAAAUUUAGUAUCCCCUCUGUUCGUGCUAACCUCUAUUCUCGUCUAAUUUUGUUGACCAGAUAAAGUUCAUUUUUUCCUCGCUUAUUUCGAAACAAACUCAUAUGACAUUUUAAUUUUUUGUUUGUUAACAAAUCAAUGAUUUUUUUAUCGAUUAUAGCCGAAGACCCAGUAUUAAUUUUGAGUCACAAUUCCCCAAAAUUAACCAUGCUUUCAACGAGCUAUGCUAGACGACCACUUUAUUAACAUUAUAAAAAUUAUGUAAAGUGUAACCCUUAAUUGUGCCAUAUGUGCGAUUUGAUUGAUGUUCUAGAUCAUAAAAUAACUAUAGGUUAAAAGUAGAGUUAACGUGUUAUUUACCUUUUUAUUACAAAACAAACAGUAGGUUUUUACUACAUAAUAUUUUGAAUGAAAAGAACAGAAAAAUAUGUCAUGUUGUAGCAAGUAUUAUGAAUAUAUUCUGAAACCCA